AGAAACUUCUUUCUUUCGCUCCGCACCGCCCGAGACAAGCAGUCCCGUGCCGUUCAGUUUGAUCAGCAAUCAACUUUUUUUCCAAAGUUUUCUUUUUUGAUCCUUACAACAACAAAUAUGGGUGAAGCCAAGGCACCUAAAGACCCCUACGGUUUCGCCAAGGACUUCUUGGCCGGUGGUGUCUCCGCCGCCGUGUCGAAGACCGCCGUCGCUCCGAUCGAACGUGUCAAGCUCAUUCUCCAGGUCCAAGCAGCGUCUCAACAGAUUGCUGCCGACAAACAAUACAAAGGUAUUCUUGAUUGUUUGGUCAGAAUUCCAAAAGAACAAGGUUUUGCCAGUUUCUGGAGAGGUAACAUGGCUAAUGUUAUCAGAUACUUCCCAACACAAGCCUUGAACUUUGCAUUCAAGGAUGUUUACAAACAACUGUUUAUGGAUGGCGUUGAUAAAAAAACUCAAUUCUGGCGGUACUUUGCUGGUAACUUGGCAUCUGGUGGUGCUGCUGGAGCUACUUCAUUGUGCUUCGUAUAUCCACUUGAUUACGCUCGUACAAGAUUAGGAGCUGAUGUUGGUAAAGGCCCGGCUGAAAGGCAGUUUAAAGGUCUAGGUGAUUGUAUAGCAAAAACAAUCAAAUCUGACGGUCCCAUUGGUCUGUACCGUGGUUUUAUUGUGUCCGUCCAAGGUAUUAUCAUCUACCGUGCUGCAUACUUUGGAUUCUUUGACACUGCCAAGGGAAUGCUGCCCGAUCCCAAGAAUACUCCAUUCUUGAUUUCAUGGGGUAUUGCCCAAUUUGUAACUACAUUCGCUGGUAUUAUGUCCUAUCCAUUCGACACAGUCAGACGUCGUAUGAUGAUGCAGUCUGGUCGUGCUGCUAACGAACGUAUGUACAAGAGCACAGUGGAUUGUUGGGGCAAGCUCUACAAAAACGAAGGAUUGUCUGCCUUCUUCAAAGGUGCAUUCUCAAAUGUACUCAGAGGUACUGGUGGUGCCUUAGUAUUGGUCUUCUAUGAUGAACUUAAAGCCCUCAUGUAAUUUCAUUUCAAACGAAAUUGAACAUUAUUGUGCAGUAUAAAUGUAAUUCAAUAAACACUGUUGUAGAGUAUACAUUCCUGAAA